AGCCUCCGUCUGUAAAUAGCAACACCCACCCAUUCCCCACCUCGCUCGUCCCCUCUUCCUCUACAAGCCAAGCCCCCUCCCCUCCCCCAUUAUUCCCGGGCUUCGUCGCCCCCCGCUCCGCCUACCAAUUUACCCGCGCCUCGCUUAAAUUCGCCAGGCGCACCCAGGGGGCCCCCAAACCCUAGCCCGUAUCGCGCCGCGCAUGGGCAAGUACAUGCGCAAGCCCAAGGUCUCCGGCGAGGUGGCCGUCAUGGAGGUCGCCGCCGCGCCGCUGGGGGUCCGCACCCGCGCGCGAGCGCUCGCGAUGCAGAGGCAGCCGCAGGGGCCGGCGGGGGCCAUCCACCAGGGGGAGUACCUGGAGCUCAGGAGCCGGAAGCUUGAGAAGCUGCCCCCGCCGCCACCGGCGAGGAGGAGGGCGGCCGCGGCGGAGCGCGUUGAGGCCGAGGCCGAUGAGGUGUCCUUCGGGGAGAACGUGCUCCAGUUGGAGGCGAUGGGGAGGAGUACCAGGGAGACAACGCCCUGCAGCUUGAUUAGGGACCAGGGAACGAUAAGCACUCCUGGAUCCACAACAAGACCCAGCCACUCGAAUUCCCAUCGCAGGGUGCAAGCUCCAGCGCGCCAUAUUAUCCCAUGUUCAGCAGAGAUGAAUGAGUUCUUCUCUGCUGCAGAGCAACCGCAACAACAAGCCUUCAUCGACAAGUACAACUUUGAUCCUGUGAAUGAUUGCCCUCUCCCUGGCCGAUACGAAUGGGUGAAGCUAGACUGAUAGUUUCUCAGGAAGGAGAGCACCAUGUACCUCACUUCUAUGCUCCCUCCACCUUAGCAUUGUGGUAGAGGCGCACACCAUCGUGUUAGCUUUGUUUUCGUUGUAAAAAGAAUUAGGGUUAGCCUGUAGCCUCAAUGGUCGUGUAACAUACAGAACUGAUGCUGAGUUACCCCCUAAUCCCUCCACUCCAAUGUAACCGUUAGCAGCUCAUUCUGUAAUGACCUCCUCUAGGGCCUCUAAUCUUAUCAUCCGUCACUAGCUGCCAGAUUAAUGUAGUAGAGCUAGCUAGAUAUUGUGUCACAGUUUAACUUGUAAUGUUGGCUGGGCUGCAAUGCCAUCUGCAUUGUAGUGUGUGCUGCAAUGCCAUCUGCAUUCUAGUGUGUGCUGCAUUGCACCUGAAGUGCUGUAACUUCUGUCUAUACCUUUUGGUUCAUGGUACUCCUAUGUGAAAGUGAAAAGGCUGGUGACAAUGCUUGAA